AUUAAUUAGCAUAUGCGCACUCGCGCUAGGUAGUCGUUAUAGAAUCGACUAAUCACGACUAGCCAUCUCGGAUGCGCGCACCGGAAGCACUCAUCUUAAAUAGUACCCCGUUAAAGGUAUAUGGUGUGCUUGUAAUCGACUUUCUGCUCGCCUCAAACAAUGCUGGUCCUGGGCCAAAAUUUCAAACCAUCAUCAUCAUCAUUACUAUUAUUAAUAUAACCUUAAAAAUAUCACAUCAUGUUGACGUAAAAGAAAUUUCUUCAUUCAGAUGUGCCUCUGAUAUUUUUGGCUUUCAUCAAUUAAAGGAAGACCAUAUAUUCAUAAGGCACAUUCAUCAACACAUCAACUUCUUUGUAUGAAUAAAUUCUUCAACAAAUGAUGGGAAAAUAUUUCUUCUGGAUAAUGGAAUUAACAGCAACAUUCACUUGUCUUCACAGCCUGGAAUGUAGAGGAAGUGAUUGCUUGGUUUAUUAAGCUUGGAUAAAUUUACAAAAGUUUUAACUGUUUACAUCUGCCGUUUUAGAUAUUAAGCAAGAAUACAGAUGAAAGAAACACAGUGUUAAAUUAUUCUCCGAAAAUACUGACACAACUGAACACAGAUAUAUUCAUAGAAUUGAAAAAAUCAUUAUCAUUGUGAUACGUAUGAGAAAUUAUUAUCUUAUAAUGAAUGAUUUAAGAAAACCAAACAAACCUGAUUCAGGUAAGAAGCCAUAUCACUGUGAUAUCUGUGGUAAAUCAUUCACUGAAGAAAGAGUCUUAACCAAACACAAAUGCAUUGAUACAGGAGAGAAACCACAUCACUGUGAUGUCUGUGGUAAAUCAUUCUCUCAAAGUGGUUCCUUGACUAUUCACAUACGUACACAUACAGGAGAGAAGCCAUAUCAUUGCAAUACCUGUAAUAAAUCAUUCUCUCGAUGUGGUGACUUGUUUGCACACAAACGUACCCAUUCAGGGGAAAAUCCAUAUCCGUGUGAUGUCUGUGGUAAAUCAUUUUCUCAAAAUGGCACCUUAACUAGUCACAAAUGUACACACAUGGGAGAGAAGCUAUAUCAUCUUGAUAUCUGUGGUAAAUCAUUUUCUUGUAAUAAAAUAGUCAUUUGACUGGUCACAAACGUAUUCAUACAGGGGAAAAACCAUAUCCGUGUGAUGUCUGUGUUAAAUCAUUUUCUGAAAGUGGUCACUUGAUUAGGCA